AUGAUAUAAUAGUAUUUCUAAUUAUGUGCUGAUAUUUUACCUCGACAUCCUUAGUGUCGUCUCAACUUUGCUUUCCAAGUCAGAAUCUUAUGAUGGCGUCUGCAUACAUUACAGUUUAAUAGACAUCGUUGAUAAAAAUGAAAGGGCCCAAUAGCAAGGGGGGUCAAUAGCGAGUCCUAUGGGAGUCCUUUUAAUGGUUUUUGUUCCUUGGAGAAUUUACCUUCAAAGCAAAUUUUUUUCAUUUUUGCGUAGAAUAAUGCUUCAAGAACGUUAACUCUUUUGCUUGAUACCGAAGAGUAUCGUCAAGUUACUGGGGGUUUCAACCCUUCAAGAACCUUGUCGAUCGUAAUACAUUUUCUUUGUCAUUGAUUUGAAGCGGGAAGAAUUCCAAAAGGGACUGCAAGCUGAUGACGUUUGAUUCUUAGACCACGCCUAGGAAUGCAUUAUUUUUAGAAAUGCAUAUUCUGGGCAUUGAUCAAUCUUACAACGAUUGAACUCAUUGUUAACUGGGUCUUAAGCUCUCAAGUUAACCAGAAAUACGAUGCUUCAACACUUGUUUUCUGUAGACACAAACAUAUUGCCUGAAGGACUGACGGUAGCAGUCUCCGGAUCGCUGAGGAACACAAAAUUAAAUCAGCUGUUCCACUGAUUGCUUUCACUGUGAUUUCCAUAAGAUACAUUCAAGUUAUUAAGGAAUGGCAACCCAUAGAUCGUCUACCAAAACAGAUGAUUUUCUUGGAAUAUUUCUCAUCAUUCUAUGUCGAAGAGCGUACUUGAACCCAAGAAAAGUCAAGAAAAUUUUCCGUAAUUUUCAGUGAAUUAGCAAAGUAGAUGCAAACAGUUGAAGUCCUUGCCAUUCAGACAAAUGUUUGGUAACUGCCAUUUUCUAAUUCAUUGCUCCAAAUAUUGGCUUUGUCCCCACGAGAAGCAUUGCAUCCCCUUUUAAACAGGUGCACAAGCAUUAUCGUGUUUAACCGCAGUUUUCUUUCUGUUGCAUUUCGCCAUAUACGUGAUGGAGCUCGAUAAACAAACUGUUUUUUUGAUCACGCAAGGUUGGUCAUUAAUUUUUCAUUGAAAGCAACCAUAAUUAUCGCUUACUUCAUUUGUAACAUCAGGAGAUUUGCAAGAAAUGUGGAAUAUUCCCCAUUUCAAAUCUUUUUCAAACCCAUGUCUUCGCCGUACGAGGCAUUAUAUUUACCGCAAGACGUCUGUGAAAAGAAUACUUUCAAGUCUGUGCUAUUAUGUUUCAUGUUAAGGUUUCGUAUUUUUCUCUUGACAUCGACCUCAUGUCGUUGUUUCUAUGAUUCUACACCAGUUUCGUCGGCGUUUAUCAGACUUACAUCCAUUAGGAAUAUGACUUCAUCAUAUGUGGACAUAAUACGUUAGAUUAGUCUGAAAUAGCAAUCUAACUAACAAAUGUACAAAACACGUGUUUGCCAAAACCCUGCUUGGAACAUUUCGUCUUGAACUAUUGGAGGAGCCAAGAGACCAUAAUGCUGAGACCGCCGUCAAAGUACGCGUUUGAUCCACUGGAUCUUACGACAAAGAAGGCACAAACGGUUGUUCUGAUGCUUGCUUCUCCCGAAGAUGGGGUUCUUCAGAGAGCGUGUGAAGCACUUUUUAAAUUUUCUGAAAAAUGUGAUGAAAACAAAGAACAGCUUUUGAACCUUGGUGCCCUUGAUUACUUGCUAAAGCUCAUAUUGCACGAAGACAAAACUGUGAAAAGAAAUGCUACUAUGGCCAUUGGCUCAAUGGCAACUAAUAGUAUUGUAAGGAAAUCACUCAGAAACCUUGACUGCAUUCAAUCACUUAUAGCUCUGCUUGGCCCAGAGGAAGACGUCUUGUGCCAUGAAUUUAGCAGUCUUGCAAUGGCAUCUAUGGCAGAGGAGUUUGCAAGCAAAGUCGAAAUAUUUGAGAAAGGUGGCCUUGAACCCCUAAUAAAUUUGCUGUCUUCUUCAGACUGCGAUGUGCAGAGAAACUCGAUACAAGCGAUAGCCCUGCUGUUACAAGACUACCAAAGCCGCGCUGCAUUCCAGGAGCUGAAUGGUAUUGAGCCUGUUUUGAAGCUGCUUGAUUCGGAUUACCCAGUGAUUCAGGAACUCGCCCUCCAUACCUUGAACAGAGCUUCUAUGGACACGGAAAACCGAAUUGCCAUUAGAGAUCUUGGGGGAAUGGACAAACUGGUUGAUGUAAUUGGUAAAAAGGAGUUUGAAGAUCUGCACGUUUUGUGCCUGCAAGUCUUAUCAAAUUGCCUUAAAGAUAUUGAGAGUGUCCAGCAUGUUCAAAGUACUGGAGUUUUCAGUAAACUCCUGGCUUUCAUCGCAGAAUCUACAAACACAGAAGUGCAGAAGUUUGCAGCGACUGUCAUUGCAGCUUGCUGCAAAAGUGAGGACAACCGACGCAUUUUCCAUGAACAAGAGACAGAAAAGACGCUCAUUACGUUGCUAACCGGAGAGAGCGCUGAGGUCAGUAUGGCCGCUGCGAAGGCCUUGGCUGCGAUGUCCGAAAACCUAAGUAGCAGAGAUUACAUUGGAAAACUCGAGGGGAUUCCAACAUUGAUUGGCAUGCUGAAGACUGACUCUGCCGAUUUGAAAGAGGCUGUUUCUUUAGCAUUGGCGAAUCUCAGCUCUGGAAAUGCCAACAAUUGCACCGAAAUUGUUGAAAAGGGUGGUUUAGACGCGCUGAUUAAACUGUUACCAGACAACAAACCAUCAUUGCAGGGAUAUGCAGCCGUAUGCUUGACAAAUCUUGCCCAGGAUGAGUCAUGGAGGUCAGACAUGCUACGACUCGGCGUCAUAUCUGGUCUCGUCAUUGCGAUGCAAUCCAAUGACACAGAUGUUCAGAACAAGGCCUGCCAUCUUCUCUCUGCUUUGCUUUGUGACAACGAUGCGAGAAGCGAGCUUUUCAACGAAAAUGGGCUGUCGCAUCUUAUAAAUUUACUCAAGUCAAAUCACGACAGCGUUCGCCGCAAUGCAUCCUGGGCUUUAACAAUGUGUUGCGUUGACAACGAAUUAUCAGCAGAGGUCACAAAGUUAGGAGGGCUGUCAAUAUUGCAAGAUCUCAACCAAUCAAAUUCGAGAAAAUCGCCGUUUACCGAGGCUGCUCUGGAACGAGUCCUAGACAGCAACCUGUCAGCAAAAUACAGCCUAACCGGAGUUCUAAAAUCAGACAACAUCAUAACAGAUGGCUUCUAUGAUCUCGGAAGGGUAAAAGAGGGAAGCGACAUACCAUCACUGGAAAUUCUCAGUAAGAAUGCCGUGGAUCAGAGAAGGCCAAUUUUUCUGAUCAAUAUCGCAAAACAUAAAACCAACAAUAAUAAUAAUAAGCCAAAAAUCCCUAUCCCGCGAAUUGAGGCACCGCAACCACCUUCUGACAAGACAAGCUCAAUCAAACCAGCAAAGUCGCGAGUCGACGCAAGAUCGAAAAGCAGGAUGAAAGAUGAAAAGACAAAUAACGAGGAUAAUCAGCAAAGACACCAAGAAAUUUCCCAACCAACUGAAGUUGGAAACAUCAAAAAGAAAUCUUCAAUCCAAUGGCACCCUCCUUUUGAUGAAAAAUUAGCGAAACAUAUUGAUCAUUGCAAAGAGAAAAUUUUGACUUUGGAAACAACAAGAAAGCAAAUCGAAGCUCUAUCCAUAUUUGUCAGUUCAAAGAUGGGUGGGCCUAUUCCAAAGGAUGAAGUCCCGAAGUGCAGUUUUGAGUUGCCAAUCAGUCAGUUAAAACUAGAGUUGAAUUCGAAUGUGAUUCCGAUCGGAGAAGUGCAAAUUGGCAUUUACUAUCACCGGGCUUUGCUUUUCAAGGCGAUCGCUGAUAGAAUUGGCAUUUCUUGUUCCUUGGUACGCGGAGACUAUGGUAGAGCGUGGAACGAAGUCAGACUAUGCAAAGCAGAACAGGCUGAUGGUGUGAGAUACCCUCCAGAGACAUAUAUUGUCGAUCUGAUGCAUAACCCUGGGGAGCUGUUUCUCCAAGGCUCUCCAGCAGCCGUUUCAUACCAAAGAAUUUGAGAACACGAGGGUAACAAAAUGUCUAGAAUAAGUUUAUUUUUGUCAAUGUAAAUAUUCGCCGUUACUUUGUGCAGUAAAAAGGUAGUUUUGUAUCAUAUGAAUAAAUGUCGCUAUGAUUUUUUUCUGUGGUUGUGAUGAGUUGCAUAUGGUAUAAAAAUAAAAUCGUUUUCUAUUUUG